CUUGUCCAGGAAAUGUGACCCUGUGAUGGGCUCCGGAGUCGGCUUUCCACCGCAGCGAUGUCUCGAGCAGGUCUGCCGACAUGGACCCCGGUGGCUUCUGAUCUCCGAUUUGCCCGUGCCUACCACACAUGUACUCCGCUUCGGGGCAAGCUGCAUCUAUAUGGCGGCAUGCGAUCCGCUGACCAUAAAGAGCCUCCUCUUGGCGAUAUUGUGACCUUUGACCCAGCGCAGAAUGCAGUGGAGAGUGGCCCACCGGGCGGUCCGUAUAGGCAAAGUCACCACGACGCUGUGGCGAUUGGCAACAAGUGGCUGUGUGUGGUCGGGGGGUGGGACGGCUCACAGAGAUUAUCGUCAGUCCUCAGCUACGAUAUAGAGAGCGGAGAGUGGGCCUCGUGGGCAGAGGAGCCACACAGUCGCCCCCCGGCGGGGCUGAGCAGUCACACCUGCACCAAGAUAUCGGACCGCGAGCUCUGCGUGGUCGGCAGGGAGGGAGGACUGCGCACACAAAGGCGUUACGCCAGUGUAUACACGCUACAGGUCAAAACCGGCGCCAAGACCUACAGGUACAAAGAGGAGGAAUCUCGCGCAGCGUCACGAUCGGGGCACUCAGCCGCCCUGCUCCAGUCUGACGGUCAACAUGGCAGCCGAGCUGGGUGGUCUCUCUACGUAUUUGGAGGGAGGGAAUCCGCUACCGUGGACGUGGUCGGGCACUGGAAGGCAGGGACAAUCCAGGAGGACACUGCUACCUGUUCCAGUCUGUUGGAGAAGUUCUCCCAACUUGUGGCCUCGGAAAAAGCCAAACGUGAAGCUCCCAAGAGCCUGCGGCAUCAUUCCUGCUCAGUGAUUGGGCCGUUUCUAGUGGUUUUCGGUGGAGAAACUCUCAGCAGGAGCCGGGAUGCUGUCUGCAACGAUCUAUACGUCUGUGACACACGAUACAACCCAAUGAGCUGGUUUCGUUUCCCCGGAUCAGAUCCUGUCCACAAAAGAGUCGGCCACCGGACUUGCCUGCUCAAUGACCGCCUCUACCUCGUGGGUGGAUUUAGCGCUGAUGGAAAGACGCCAUGCCCGGAGAUCUAUGUACUGGACUUCUUAUAAUGGGCAAAGACUGAACAGGGGUUGGAAAGGAGGGGAGCUACAUCUACAAAAAGCAUGUCACAAAGCAGAAAAAUGGUUAUGAAGAACACGAUAAAAGGUGCAAAACUAAGUGCAUCAGGUCUCCGAACGUAGAGACACUGACUGAAUAGGAAGUCACAACACUAGGACUGCGCAAUCACCUGCUUCGAGCUGUGCCACCAGAGUGGCUCUCCUGGCUUUACCAGUCUGACCCAAUAAAACAUGGUUAUAUUGGUGAUGGAAGAAAGAUGGCUUUGUUACAGCAAUGGGACCCAAAGGAAGACUUCAGUAAAGACUUGAAGAUACAGACAUCAAUGAAAUGUUUUUCCAACCUUCUGCAAGAAGAGCAUUUCAUUGAUCUCUGCCUCCAUUACUCUACAAAGCCGUGAUAUUUUGGUAAUGUGGAAAGGAUUACAAAAGAAAGUAAAAUGUCUUAGGUAAUGAUGAACGUUUCCAUGUCUGCCAGGAUUUCUAUACAUUGAUCCGCCACACCAUAAAACCACUGACGUCCAUUGAUUACUUCGUCAUGUAUCAGGCAGCAAGUGGACACUCUGAUCUUGACGUGUUGGAGAAGGAAAAAUAUGCAAGUGUAAAGAUCUGA